GUUAUCUAUGCCAUACCCAAAGUUUCCUGCCGAUAUAUGAUUUGUUACAACAAACUAGCCUUAGCGAAAGUCUGGAGGUUCAUCCUACAGCCUAUCCAUCUAGCCUGACUUUCCUAGGUUGAGGCAGAAUUAAGAUGAUUCUCUAUGAAGACAAAUGAUGGACUACUCCUAUAUCAGGAGAGAAAAGGGUCAUCUGCUUGUCAGAUGACCUACAUAUACCAAGAGCGCACCAGUGCAUUCAUCCUCAUCACUGAUGACAAGAAAAGAAACAAAGCAGCCUCUGUAAAAGAUCAUGCUAGUAGAUGGUUGCAAGAUGUAUUUCUCCCGCAGGGGUACCCUAAGUCUGUAUCUCCUGACUACCUUCAUUACCAGAUGUGGGACACUGCACAGGCCUACUGCAGCAGCAUUGCUGGAGCAUUGAGCCUACAGGCAACCCUGAUUGGUUUAGGAGUAGGGGAAGGCACUGCCACACCUCUUGCAGCAACUCUCACAUGGCUCAUGAAGGAUGGGUCUGGGAUGGUGGCUUCCAUUGCUUUUGCUUACUGGAGAGGAUCACAGUUGGAUUGUAAUAGUAAGCAAUGGCGUCUUUUUGCUGAUGUGGCCAAUGACUCUAGCCACCUUUUAAGGCUUCUUGGACCUGUCUUGCCAAUACCAUUCCUGUCUGUCAUGUGUAUCUCAGCAGUGAUGUCGUCACUAGUAGGAGUAGCUGGUGGGGCAACACGAGCAGCUCUCACUUUGCACCAGGCUCGUCGAGAUAACAUGGCAGAUGUGUCGGCAAAGGAUGGCAGCCAGGAGACUUUGGUCAACCUAGCUGCCCUCUUCACCUCUCUCACUGUUCUUCCUAUCAUCACAUCUAGUUUUUUAUUGACAUGGAUUAUUUUUUUGAUGUGCGUUGUGCUACAUCUUCUGGCCAAUUAUCAGGCAGUGCGAGCAGUGAAGAUGGAAAGCCUUAAUCGGCCUCGGCUUUUGUACAUCCUUGACAAGUGGUUCAGUACAGCUACCGUGCCAGGAGUUGAAGAAACUAAUCUCUCAGAGCCUCUCUUAUUUGGAGCAGCAUUUAUUCCGAAUUAUUUUCCUCAUGGCUUCCGUACAUCACUUGGAUGUUCCUUACAAUGGGCUCUGGAUUCAUGUAAAGAAGCUGAUGUCAAGGCUCUGUACUCAGCGACAGUGGCUACAUUUGGUCAAGACAACUAUAUGUUAUGUGGAAGCCUGAAAGACAAGCAGCUCCAUAUUAUCUACCGGCCAGGGAUCACAGCGCAGGAAGAACUUGAAGCAGUCUUGACAGCAUAUUUGUGUGUCAUUAACUACAUCCAUUUUUCAGAGGGUGCUCUCUUGUCUGGUGAAUAUGUUGCCGAGGGACUAUCAACAACAACACCAGAUUCAGAGUUCAUUGCAAAAGUCAGACACCAUGCACACAAAAUUUUUCCAACCUUCUUGCACAAUCUCCAAGCAAAAGGUUGGCACAUAAACAGGCUACUCUUGGCAGCUGAUGAGUGGAGGGUGUUGUAAACGCUGCAGCUCUAAGUCAGCAGCCAUCAUGUGGACCAGCUUCAUUUUUGUUAUCAGAUGUGGACCAGCUUUGAUGUAUAAAUUGAUAUAAAGAUUAUUCUUUACCUGUUUUAGCAAGGAAGCAGACUUUUAUAAAUGUGGAAUAUUUUUGUUUAGACUUGGAAAUCUUUGAAGUAUUUUAUGUACAAAUUAUUUAUAUUAUGAGGGGUACCCUUGACUAAGAGGAGUGUUGACAUAUAUUUUUUAUUUAUUGCAAAACUUUAACAUAUUUUGCUUUCUUACACAAGUUUUGAAUAUAGUCUAAAUGUCCAUUCAUGCAACUGCUAUUUGCUUUUAUUUGUUAAUUAAUGCAUGUGGCAAAACAUUAUAAGUGGCAAACCAUUAAGAUGUAAAUAAUUUAUAUUUUAGUCACUCCUUAUCUAGCUGCUGAAGAUUGUUGUAGACAAUGUUAAGACCACUUUUAUUUAUUUAUUUAUAUAUAUAUACAAGAGUGCUUACAUUCUUGUACAGCCACUAGUACGCGAAGCAUUUCGGGCAACUCUUUAAUCCUAUAUUCCCUGGGAUACGACCCCGCGAAAAAUCGUUUAACAACCAGGUACACAUUUUACUGUUGAGUUAAACAGAGGCUAUAGUUAAGGAUUUGUGCCCAGUAAAUCCUCUCCGGCCAGGAUAUGAACCCAGGACAAAGUGCUUGCAAAACGCCAGGCGAGUGUCUUAACCACUACACCAUGGGGUAACACCACCUUGCUUUUUGUCAAAAUACAUGCACUCUGUAACCUACCACUCCCUUCUCUCAUCUUUCUCUCUUUUUGUAUCUCUGCUCCUUCACUCAUUCCUAAAACUUGAUCACAUAUAUGAAUUGUUCCUUAAACAAAUAACAUAUUUUAUAUUAAAGAUGCUCAGAAUUU